UUCUCCCUCCAUGAAAUUUCCCCCCUUCCUUAGCACCUUCCCCAGACCAUACUGUAUAUGCAUACGAAAGGAGGAAAGAAGAACGCCGUCGCCAUAUUCUCUCUCUUGAAGAUAUACUGAGUGAUCGGUAUGGGGAAUUGCCUCUUUGGAGGCUUCGGAGAGGCUAAUCAAGAGCUCGUCAAGGUGGUGGCGCCCAACGGCGGGGUCUUGGAGUUUUAUGCCCCGAUCGCCGUCCGAUCCAUCGCCGAAGAGUUCCCGGGCCACGGUGUCUUCUGUGCGCACGGCCUCUUCUGGAUUCCGCUCCCUCUCCACGAGGAGCUGGUGGUUGGCGAGUCCUACUACUUGCUCCCCUACGGCGAUGGCGAAGGUAGCAAUUCGCGCCGAGGUCACAAAUUGUUGCUAGGUAAUGAGGUCGUGAGAGAAGGCCAUGUCAGGUCCAAUAGCAUACCGACGUCACUGGUCGCGCCGUACCGGAUGUCGCUCGAUAACCAAGGCAUGUUGAGGAGGUCGUACACCGAGGUCUUCUUUAGGGAUAGCGGCAAGAGCAACGAUGGGUUUUGGAAGGUGAAGCUUGUGAUUUGUCCGGAGCAGUUGCUCGAGAUAUUAUCGCAAGAGUGCCGGACGCAGGAGCUGAUCGAGAGCGUUAGAGCCGUGGUAAAGUGCGGGAACGGCCCGGCAUCCGGCGGGUUUUCCGACCAGUGGAGCCUCCCAAGCAGUGCCGGUGGGAGUGGCUCCUCUAAGACUGAAGGCCUGUUGGAUAUCUAGUUGGAAUUUUCCUUUUUCCGUAUACUGAGGGCAUAGGAAGCGCUUCAAAACACAAUCAGUCGAUCUAA